AUGUUUAAUCAAACGGAAGUAAAACAAGAAGUUGGUGAGACGACGUGUAAAAGAGAAAUAGAUAAUGAGGUGGGUGAUAUUCUACUGGAUACCUUUAAAAUGGAAAUUAAAGAGGAACCUAUCAGUGAAAGUACAAAUAAUGAUACAUUUGAUUAUUUAGACGUAAAGAAAUGUCCAAUAAAAUCUAAAAUAGAACAAGAUGAUGGUAAGUAA